GUUGUCCUGUCACCGUGGCGCAGUGUUCAGCUAACAGUUAUUUUUAAAGUUUUCUGAACUGUUUGAGCAAGAAGAUAUUGACCAAUAUAAGAGGUCAAGAAGUCUUGAAAACAGUUUUGAACUUUUGAGUUGGAGCUUAUUCAGUGGAGGCACAUGGUGAUGUAUACUGGAAUUCUUCAUCUCAAGGUCAAGAGGUCAUCAACAGCUGUGCUUACACACUCUGACUGUGACUGGGCCAUGAAGGAUUGCGAAUUCGUUGAGAAAGAAAAUGAGUUUCGGGGCGAGCUGGUGAACCAGCGGUGGACACGAGGCGAGAGGACCAGCAGCCGCUGUCAGGCCUCCCAGAGACUGCAGAGCCGUCGACCAAUCAUGAUGAGCGUUGAGGGUGACGAUAAGCGAACUCGCACUCGGUCCAAGGGAAUCAGAGCCCCCACCCUUUCAGUUCCUAUUGAGCUUGUAGGACAAGAGCUGAGCUGCCCCACCCCUGGAUGCAAUGGCUCUGGCCAUAUCAGUGGGAGAUACACACGACACAGAAGCAUUCUGGGUUGCCCCAUAGCGAGAAAGCGCCGUCUAGACGAAGCAGAGGCAGAGCAGGAACAAGAACAGGAAACGGAACGGCCUGCCUCCAAGAGGAAGUCCCACCCCCUGAAACUGGCCUUAGAUGAAGGUUUCAGUGCAGAGAGUGACGCCAGCAGUGAGGCUGAGGGCGAUGGAGAGAAAACAGAAGGAGCCAAGGUGGAAAGGGAGGUGGAGGAGACAGACACAGGUGUGGAGGAGGAGAGAGAGGAAAUGACAGAACUCACACAGGACGGACAGACAAACGGUCGGGAGGAGAAGACACAACAGAAAGAGGAGGAAGAGACGUAUAAGAAGGAGGAGAACUUUGCAGCUGAUGAAGAGGAGGAGUGUGUGAUCAUCGAGCCUGAGUUCAGAGCAGCGGCACCUGCAGCCGAGGAGUGUCACUCUCCCUCACAGAGCACCGAGGAGGUGGCCAACUCUCUCCUCCACCUGGGCUGUGUCAGCAACAACAAUGCUCCAAGUGUGGCCAUUCAGCAGACUGUUGCUAUGGAGACCGAGAAGGAUGUCACAUUGGCAGUUACACAGGGUGAAGAAGUAAAAGACGAGCAGGACAGGGACACGAACGAAGGAGAAGAGGAAGAUGAGGAAGUGGCACAGGGAGUUCAAGCACUGGAGGAGUCAUCUGGUCUGCAGCAGGAGGCAGCUGACGUGGAGGAUGAGCAAGGGGAGCACGAAGACAUGAGCAACCACGUGAGCCCACAGCAUCUGACUAAAAGUAACCAGUGUGAACAGUUCAAAGGUAAAGACAAUGAAAAAGAAAAGAUAGUAGUGCCAAUGCAGCAGAGGCAGGGCACUUCAGCAGAUGAGGAGGAGCACAGGGAUGUUUUGCCCAUUUCUGAUGUGCCAACUGCCAUCCGCACCAUCACCAGCACCACAGCAGCUCAGGGAACACACAUCAAGGCUGAAGACCACAGGACCAGUCCUCUGGAAGACUACAACUCACACGGGGCAAGUCCCUUUGAGAACAGAGCCAGUCUGCAAGACAGCUCUCAUAAGGCUAGCUCAAUUCAGAACUAUAAGGCCAGCCCUCCUUUAAGCUACAGCUCCCACAGGGCCAGUCCACUGGAGGACUACUUUCCCAUUCCCAGAGGAGAGAACUACAAAAUCCACAAAGCUUCAUCCUCAGCCUCUCCUGACAUUAUCGAGGUACGAUCCGAUAAGUCAGAGGACAAAGACUUUGACGAUGUGGAUGGAGAUGAUGAGCGUGAUGAUGAAGACAGCCUGUCGCAGCGCUCCGCGGUGACGGACGAGUCAGAGAUGUUCGACAUGACCCGAGGGAACCUGGGCCUGCUAGAGCAAGCCAUUGCCCUGAAGGCAGAGCAGGUGAAGCCAGCAGGACCCAGAGAGCUACUCCGCACCCCAGAUAUCCAUCACCAGCGGUACUUCACCAUGGAAGACAGGCCCAAGCACCUGGACGUCAUCCGCAAGAGCUAUUUCAGCAAAGAGAGCAGCAGGCCAGAGAAGAGGGAGAACAAGUGUCCCACACCGGGAUGUGAUGGCACUGGUCAUGUGACCGGUCUUUACCCCCACCACCGCAGCCUGUCAGGCUGUCCGCACAAGGACAGGAUCCCCCCAGAGAUUCUGGCCAUGCAUGAAAACGUGCUGAAGUGUCCGACUCCUGGCUGCACCGGUCAGGGCCAUGUCAACAGCAACCGCAACACACACCGCAGUCUUUCUGGUUGUCCCAUCGCUGCUGCAGAGAAGCUGUCUAAGAGCCAUGAUAAGCAGCAUCUCUCUCAGUCAGGGAGUGAGCACCUCAAAGGAAGUCCCAAUGACAGAGUGCUGAGCCCCACCCUGACGUCCUCUCCCUCUCCCCCCUGCAGACCCAUGUGUUUUGUGAAGCAGCUAGAGGUGCCCCAGUACGGGAGCUACAGGCCCAACAUGGCGCCUUCCACACCUCGCGCCAACUUGGCCAAGGAGCUGGAGAAGUACUCCAAGGUGUCCUUCGAUUAUGCAAGCUUCGAUGCUCAAGUGUUCGGGAAGCGCACGCUUGCUCCAAAGAUGCCCACCAGCGAAACCUCACCUAAAGCCUUCAAAACUAAACCCUCAUUCCCCAAGUCAUCAUCACCUAGUCUCAGCCUCCACGGUUAUGGGAAAAGCUCCUCAUUGGCCUACGACUACGCCCAUGACGCCGAAGCUGCUCACAUGGCUGCUACCGCCAUCCUCAACCUGUCUACUCGCUGCUGGGAGAAACCUGAGAACCUUAGCACCAAACCCCAAAACAAGGAAAUGGACAUUGAAGUGGAUGAGAAUGGCACCCUGGACCUGAGCAUGAAAAAACCAAUUAAACGAGAGGGAAGUCUGUCUGGGACGAGCCCUGGCGUUCGGUCUCCAGACCCUUCCUCCUCCGCUUCCUCGCUGCAUCAUGGUGGAAACAGCGGUAUGACAUCACCAAGCAUACACACCUACAAGCAGGAGGACUGGGAGGGACCUCUGGAUUACACCAAACCUAACCGUCAGAGAGAGGAGGAAAUGGAUGAGAUGGAGCAUACCGGCCAGUCGUAUGUCUCAUCUGAACCAGAGGACUGUGACAUGAUGCAGGAUUGCCUAGAGGGGAGGAAAUACCCAGGAGAGGUCACAACCCCGAGCUUCAAGGUCAAAUUUCAGCCCAAAGAUAGCAAGAAGGAGUUGCUCUCGUGUCCCACACCUGGUUGUGAUGGCAGCGGCCACAUCACUGGGAACUACGCGUCCCAUCGUAGUCUGUCUGGGUGUCCUCUCGCUGAUAAGAGCCUUCGGUCCCUCAUGGCGGCCCACACCCCUGAACUCAAAUGCCCCACUCCAGGAUGUGACGGCUCAGGUCACAUCACAGGAAACUAUGCCUCACACAGAAGUCUCUCUGGGUGCCCGCGUGCCAAGAAAAGUGGAAUUAAAACUCCUACCAAGGACAACCAGGAGGACUCCGAGCUUUUAAAAUGUCCGGUGCCGGGCUGUGACAGCCUGGGCCACAUCAGUGGCAAGUACGCCACACAUCGUAGCGCUUACGGGUGCCCGUUGGCGGCCCGCAGACAAAAGGAAGGUCUUCUGAAUGGCACACCAUUCAACUGGAAGGCCUUCAAGACAGAGGGUCCAACCUGCCCCACCCCAGGUUGUGAUGGCUCUGGACAUGCUAACGGAAGCUUCCUCACACACCGCAGCCUCUCAGGAUGCCCCAGAGCCUUGUAUGCUAAGAAGAAGGCCAAGUUCCCUACAGAAGACUAUCUGAGCACUAAGUUCAGAGCCAGUGAUGUUUUGGACAACGAUGAGGACAUCAAGCAGCUCAACAAAGAGAUUAAUGACCUUAAUGAAUCCAACAAUGAAAUGGAGGCUGACAUGGUCAACCUGCAGACUCAGAUUUCCUCUAUGGAGAAGAACCUAAAGAGCAUCGAGCACGAGAAUAAGAUGAUUGAGGAGCAGAACGAGGCUCUGUUCAUGGAGCUGUCUGGUCUGAGCCGAGCCCUCAUCCGCAGCCUGGCUAAUAUCCGUCUGCCACACAUGCAGGAGCCAAUCACAGAGCAGAACUUUGACAGAUACAUCAGCACCCUGACUGACAUGUACACCAACAAGGACUGCUUCCAGAGCCCCGAGAACAAGGCUCUGCUGGAGAGCAUCAACAAAGCUGUGAAGGGCAUCAAGGUUUGAGGCUCCACACACACAAAUGGAGAAUGCAAACUGUCCUGAAGUGCACAGAGUGCGGUGGAGGUGGAGUCAGGAAGGAGAGAUGUUGAAAUGCUCUAUGAUAUAUCGUAAUAUGAUUCAAAAACAAAAAAAAAAAAGGGAAUUCAGGUUAUUUAAGUAAAUGGCAACUUAAAAAAAUAUCAACCCAGGGAGCACUCUGUUGAAGAAAAGUGACGCGGACCAAAAUCCACAUCAUGCUGCUGCUGGGAUUCAAAGGAGGAACCAGAAGAAGAUCCAUGUUACUAGAAGCUGUAUCUGGGGGUUUAAAUAUACUGUAUGUUUACCCGUUGUCUCUUUUGUGUCCUUAACUGUUUUUCGGAGAGGGUUUCGCAACUGGUCAGUCCGUUUUUUUGCAUUUCUCCUCGGCCGGAACACGGAGACAGGCGAGGCUUGAGUGUUGCUCGCCAGAGCCCGGAGGAAGAGGAGCACUAACUGGAGCAGAAGACUCCCACCACCGCUGUCUCCUGUAGCAUUCUCUAUGGCAAGCAUCUGUGGCUCUGAAACGCUCUCUGAUCCACAACCAUACUCACACCACACCCCCCAGCGAUAUGAAGCAUGCACUAAACUGAAUGUGCGUUUGCUUGGUGGUAUUACUGCAGCGAUCAUCAGCGGGAAAAAAAACCUCAUUGAGCAAGGUCGCGAGUUUGAUUUAAACGCUGCAGCCCCCCCCCUCCAAUGAAAUCAUAGUAAUAGUGUGCACACAUUUCGAAUUCAGUUAGUCAUAUCUAUAGUACUUAUCAGCCUAGGAAUUGCACUUCAUUUCAAUGACUAGUUUUUGUGGUACAAUAAUUAUUGUUAUAUAUGAAUUAUUUAUACCUGUGAACUUUUAAAUUGUAACUUAUUGCCAUUUAUGUUAUUGAGGUUUAUUUAUUUGAAGCAAUCUAUUUAUUAACUUUGUUUAGUGAAACACACACACACACACACACACAAAUGCAUCUUUACUGAUUAUCAAGGUCAAAAAGCAAUUUGCAGAUGCCGUACAUCAAUAUUUUAAAAGUCUAUAUAGAUAAAUGACAAGGCAUAGUUUGUUUUGGAGUACUUUUUAAAAAUCCUUUUUAAGUGCAAAUAUUUUAUAAUAGACUCAAAUUUUUUUUGAUAAUUUUACAGUAAAAAAAAAUAUUUUUUUGGCUUGUUGCUCUUGUUUUCCUCGUUUUUAUUUUGUUUGUGUUCUUUCUGUUACAUAAAAAAAAAACACCGAUGAGGAGAUGAAAACAAAAAGAAACUAUGUAUUUAUUAUUUAUUUAAUAUGAAAGAAAUUGACUGAUAUGGCUGUAUAUUUAUUUUGUUAUUUAUGUGCGUGAUGUGAGAGUUGAGUCUGAGUAGUCUUAAAGAUCCUCUGCUAAUAUUUAAAUAAAGAACGAAAAAAUAAAUAAAAUCAAUACAAAUACUGUUUGAUUGCUUAGGCAUAGAUGUACCAGCAGCUGAUUGUUUAAAAAACAAAACAAAACAAACAAACAAAAAAAAUCCCCAGAAGCAGUCACUUUCACUAUCCACUCUCUGAGUGUUUGCUUUUGUCAGGUGAUGAGAAAAAUUUGUAGAGGAAUUUAAAAAAAAUGUUACCUCUCCCAAGCGCUUUGUAGCGGCCAGAAGUGGCUCACCCACAAUCUCUGUGAUGUACCAUGGCUGUUUAAGUAACGGUUUUGAAUUCUCUCCAUCAGUGCAGUGGUACAUGUGUAGAGCUCUAUUCCAGCAGUGUUUUAGUCUGGAUGUACGAGUCUAAAACACACACAGUGACAUAUCCAACCCUCGAGGAUACUGUAGGAUGGCCUCCUUUGACAAACUUUUAUCAGAUAAACAUACACACCCUUGUAGCCUUACUCUAGAUUUUAAUUUUUUGAUGCACAAAGUGCCACUAAAAAAAUAAAUAAAUAAAGGAGAAGAAGAGAACUCACUUUCUUUCCUGACUCUUCGCAUUUCUGCAAUGUAACAAUGUCUGGUCCUGAGGAGACCACGGCAUCAAGAGAGUGGUGAUUGUUUCAGAUGCCUUUAUUUCUCUGCCAAGAUGGCCAUAAGUACACUAUAUAUACAUUCUGUAUAAAUAGAUUUUAAAGAUGCUAUAUAUAUAUACAUAUAUAUAUAUAUAUAUAUAUAUAUGAAUAUAAACAUACAUAUAUUUUUACAGUGUAAUUGUUGACUUGCUCUUCUUCUUCUCUUGUAUAUCCUUAUCAAAAGAUCACUAGCUUAUUGGAAAGAGAAAUGAGGAGGGAUUAUCAGUAGGAGGCAGUUACACCUUAAUUAAUAUCACUAAGACCUGCUCAACUGUGGCUUUAAACAUACCAUUGAGUCAAAGCUGAAGGUGAUGAUACAGUACAAUACUUUGGAAGUGUUCUCAUAGGAUUCCUUUUUUAAAUUUGCUUUCCUUGUCUGUCCCUGAUCCAGAAAUGUCAGAAACAUCUACUGUAUGUUGUACUACUGAAUCUGAGAAAUGAAACCAUCAGUUUAGAUGGCUGGCUCUUUGUUCCUAAAUGUCACGUGAGUUCAUGUAUGAAAAAAAAUUAGAAAAAAACAACAACAAAAAAUGACGAUGAUGAUGCCUCUGAGUAAUGCGCAUAGUGUUUAGCGACAUUCUGCAGUGAUUGUGUUAAUAAUGGAAACGGCUCACUCUCUGUGAGCUUUCUGAUACUGAAGUGAGCAAGUAGAAGACCGUAGUGUAACCUGCCUUUGCGUUGCACCUGCUGUGGUGUGCACAACCCCGUAUGUAACUCUGAUGUCGAAGGCAUGUUUUCAAUGUGCUUUUAGCCAAUGUAGAAUGAAUCUCCUUUGUGCACUUUCUCAAUAACUGUUGAAGAUGCCAGCAUUUUGAGUCUUAACUUGUAAGAAACCCAAUAGAUAGAUGACGGGCAAGUGUCCCGCCUGUUUGUCACAUAGAAAAAAAACACACAAAAAAACAAGCCGUUUCAUUCAGGGGGUUCAAAAUGUAUUUUUUAAAAAAGGAAGUGGUACUUUCUUUUCCAAACAAAAAGGAAAAAAAGAACAACCAAAAGAGACUGACGGGAAGCAGAGUUUGGUUCUCAGGUGAUCGGGGAGAGCUGCUAAAGCAGAGCAGAGCAAUGCCAUAGGUCAGCCAGUCAGCUGAGGCUAGAGGCAACAGCAGCGGCUGGAUCAAGGCCUAGAUGACUGUGUGGGAGUGGGAAAUUGAUUUGCCCGGCUACACAAUCUUCCCUUUGCUUUAGGAGGAGGCGUUUGUUGCAUAAAUACGAGUCCGUCACUCAAAAGAAUGUCAGAGCCUUUUAUGACUUUUAUACUCCCCAAACCCUCCCCCCCAAAGCCCCCACACCACGACCUCCCCUCAUUCCUCAUAUUUUGUGUAACCUCUCCCCAGGAAAAAUAGUUUGGAUGCAUUUGGUUAACAAAGUAGCAUAUUCCCUCUCUUGAAAUGCACGAGAAUACUACCCGAGAGUGUUAAGACUGAAUAUUCUCCCAACUUAUUUGAUAAGGCAUGACCCCUUUUAAACUGCUUGAUGAAACUGUCUACUGAGGUAUGUAAAUGAAUAACACUGAGGCCAUGAAAGCAUAGCAUUUCAAAAAAAAGAAAAAAUGUCAGCUGAGAAAGCGAAUGCAGCCCACGGUUGGUUCUGCGCCCACGCACUGUAUGUUUUCUUAUUUACAUAAAAGUACCGAGUGAUGGAGUGAGCAGAUUUAUUAUUCUAAAUUGCAAAGGAACAACAAAAGUGGUCAGAGCUCAGUUUCCCCCGAAGCACCUGGGACGAAAAUUGAAUUGAACCUGAUGAAACGUUCAGGGGAACCAGAAUCUUGUUUCAGAGGGGUCGAGGGAGGGGAGCGCAUCGUCACCUGGUGAGAGUAGGUUGAUGCCCACGCGCACACACUCUACACUGAGAAUAAGAAAGAAAUGUCAAGCUGAGCAAAACCAAAAGACCCCCAACAUCCUCCCUGCUGUAGUCGCAAGCUGUGUGGUCUUAUCAUGUGUGCCUUUCUCGCUGAACUCAUUUUGAGAUAGGGUAUGUUUACACCUGGUUCAAAUACUGCUGAAAACAUUUGGUCUGAAUCUAGAUGUUUUACGUUCAGGGGCGGGGUUAGCUGUUGGGGAGGGAUGGGGGCCAAUCAUGUCAAAUAAAUGCGUUUUCACAUCCAGGCAGAGGCCGUUCUGUGACAGAGAUGGCACGAAACAACGAGCCUAAGGAAACUGUGAUCCCAUUCUGUCGAUUCAGGUACCAAAACUGCAUGGACAGUUUCUGUGAAGGAAUCUGAAGAACAUCAUCAUUAUCAUCAUCAUCAUCAUCAUCCUAGCCAUCCCUAGAUAAUGCAUUAGUGUGCAGGGCAUUAUUUUGAAAUAAGUGGAAGUGUCUGUACAUAUUUGUAUUAAGAAGAAACAGUGUUAUUGUUGUUGUAUCGAAGACGAGUUGAAAAUGGUUUUAAAAAAAAAGGGAAAAAAAGAAAAUAGGUUGUGACAAAGAGAAAAAAAAAUCCGCAGCCAAGGGUUGUCCUGCUAGCACAUUUUUACACAGAUGAGCUAUUUUUACUGGUGAUUUUCUAGGUAUUGAUACUGAUAUCCUUUUAAAGUACAAAACUUCCAAAAUUACAAGCACUUCCACAACGAUAGAUUGUACGGUGGUUUUUGUUACUUUUGUAGAUGUGGUCGUUCCUUUGCUACAGCAACGUUUUUUAAAGUGGGACAGGCCUUGGCUGUGUGUCCUUGGGGUCUCAUGUUUGUUUGUUUGUUUGGGUUUUUUUGCCUAAUUUGUUUUUGUUUGGGAAGUAAAACACUGUAGAUGGGCCAAUUUUGUGACUGUUUGUUUGUGUACUUGUGUACGUUCCCCUGUUCCUGUGUCAGUGUUAUAAAGCAGAGAAGUGAUGUCAGUUAUUGUGGGGGUAUGAACCAUUUUAAAUGUUCUCUAUGAAAAACACAAAUAAAGACUCAUAGACAAGUGUGA